AAAACAAAAGUGAUAAGAAAGUACGUAUGGUUUUAAACCAGAUAGCGGAAAUUUUAACUAUCACGGAAAUCAAUACAUAAAUAAUUAAUGAUGCGAGUACUUUGUUAAAUCGUAUUUAAACACAAUAAAGAAGCCACGAUUCUUUUUUUGCUGGGAGUGAGGCUCUUGGAGAGUCUAAUCAUGGCUUCUAUGUUGGGACUGUGUUUAGCAGCAAGCUUGAUGGCAGAUUUGAAUUUAGCUAUACGAUGCUAUGCUGGUGUUUCCUUUCAAGCAAAUCGAUUAUUAUCUACUGUAAAGCAACACAACUGCUCGUUCAGCAGCGAUAAAUGUCGCGCAACGACGCUGGUUUAUAACGAUAAUAACGCUUAUGGAUUUGAAACCCACACAAACUUCAUAUGCGAUAAAAAAAGAUUUCCUUGUGACAUGUGGUGUCAGAUGCAGAUGUCCAUUGAUCAUACCAUCCAAACAUGCAAGACCUUUUGCUGUAGUACGGAUUUUUGUAACAAACCAGCCGAUAACAUCCAUCUAAAGGGAAAUACUUUCAAAAAUAAUAGUAAAAACAACGAUGAUGAUGAUGACGAUAAUAAAGAUGAUGGAGAUGAUGAAAAUUUUAGAAAAGAAGAAAGUGAUAAUGGUAAGGAAGAACAAAAAAAGAAUGACGAAGUAGAUUAUGAUGGAGAUAACGAUAAUAAGAAGGGUGAUAAGUACAAGGGAGGUGAAAAUUAUAGUGGAGAUACCAAUUAUAAUAAAAGUAAUGAUGAAGAUGAUGAAGAAGAAGUUAUUGAAGCAGAGAUACCAUUUCUUCUUGACAAAGACAAAGAAAGUGCCACCAAAAACCAAGUUACUGGAAAUCAAAACAAUUCGACAAAACACUUUUCCAAUGUAACUUUAAUUUUCUUCAUGACCUUAUAUGUCAUUAUUUUGUAAAAUGCGAUACGACAAAGAGAAGACUUUAGUACA